AUGGAUCAGGCCAUGUUGGACCCGAAUGAUCCGCAUCGGAGACGUCAGCCUUUGACCGAUGCAUCAAGCAGGAUUAAUCAUGCUAAAUCUCCUAAGGUUGAGACUCCAAGUGUACGAGUGGAAGAUCUGGAGCAACUUAAAACCCCAGAUAGGAUGUCUAUCGUCAUGAGUCCUACGCCUAAGGACAACAAAGAAAACCAGCGACUAUCGGUAGCCACCGACUUCCAGACUGAAUCUGCCCGAAAUUCUGUCGUAUCAGCAGCUUCAAUUCUCUCUAAUAAGGGGAAAAGAAAGACUCAUGUUGGCCCAUGGCAGUUGGGCAGAACGUUGGGAAAGGGCGCCACGGGCCGAGUACGACUCGCCAAACACGCUGUAACUGGCCAGACCGCGGCCAUCAAGAUUGUCUCGAAGAAGUCCGCGGCCAUGGUGCAAAGUGAAAGUAUUGCAGCCAUGGAUCGUAACGUCGGAAACUUUUCAGGUUUCUCCAACGCACGGCAAAUGCCAUGUGGGAUUGAAAGAGAGGUGGUCAUCAUGAAGCUGAUUGAACAUCAAAAUGUGAUCAGCUUGUACGAUGUAUGGGAGAAUCGUGGAGAGCUGUAUCUGGUUCUAGAGUAUGUGGAAGGAGGUGAACUAUUCGACUACGUCUCGAACAAUGGCCCACUCCCCGAAGAGGAAGCUGUGCGUUUAUUUCGCCAAAUCAUUGCUGGACUAGGUUACUGUCAUCGCUUCAACAUCUGUCACCGCGAUUUGAAACCAGAGAAUAUUUUGUUGGAUGCGAAUCAUAAUGUCAAACUGGCCGAUUUUGGGAUGGCUGCUCUCCAACCAGCAGGGCAUUGGCUGAACACCUCCUGUGGUAGCCCGCAUUACGCAGCUCCAGAGAUCAUUUAUGGCCGCAAAUAUCGCGGGGACCGUGCUGACAUGUGGAGCUGUGGGAUUAUUCUUUAUGCUUUACUGACCGGCUAUCUUCCAUUUGAUGGAGGGGAUCUGCCCAACACCCUGAGACUCGUGAAGAAGGGCGACUACAUGAUACCUCCCGAGCUGAGUGAUGAGGCAGCUGAUCUGAUUCAACGAAUCUUGCAAAAAAGACCCGAAGACCGCAUUACGAUGCAAAACAUCUGGCUCCAUCCGCUGCUCACAAAGUAUGAGAAGCUUCACAAUGCCAUGGCCGACCAUUAUAUCGGUCCUCCCCCGCCACUAUCUAUCAAGGACUGCGGUAACCCGGUCACAUGCCGUCAAGACGUUGACUAUGAUAUCCUACGAAACCUCCAGACCUUGUGGCAUGAUGUGAAGCCCGAUGCUUUAAUAGACAGACUCCUCUGCAUAGAACCUACACACGAACGAAUGUUUUACAAUGCCCUUGUCAAGUUUCGAGACGAGCAAUUGGAAAACUACCAAGGACAGCCCCUGGAAUACUCCGCAAGUGACUACCACCACAUUUCUCGUCCCGGAGGCAGGGUUCGUAGAGGCAGAAGUCAAAAUGGACGAACCAAUUCCAAGAGACGUACCCAUGCCUCGAUUGUCAAGGACCUUCACCACACCCAGGAGCCUAGAUCUUGUGGAAGCGUUGAAAGUUAUGAUCCUUACAGAUCUCCAAAGAUCAAAAAUUCUGGAGUGGAGCCAAAAUAUGCGCAGAUCACCAUUCAUAGAGCUCGGCCUGAAGUUGUAGAUCAAGAACAGUGCUCGCCUGCUGUGAAGCCACCACCCUCGAUUGCCGAAGAAGAUGAGCCGGAAGACUUCGAUGGAGUGACGAGCUCGCCGUUUACAGUUCUUCAGAAGCGAAAGCAUAAGCCAAACUCGAUGAAAUCUUUCCAAUCCUCCAAAAUUCCUAAUUCCAGCUCGCGAUGCCCGGGUCUCUCUAUCCGCUCCACAAGCUACCGCCGCAAUGUCUCAUUCCACCACGUCCGGAACCGUUCCCAGGGAUCAACCAAGCCAAAGCGAAGAAAGAUGGUGCCGAACCCGCAAUCGGAUCUUAAGAGAUCUCCCAGUGCGGCCAGCUUACAGAUGAUUGCCGACUGCGUCGAUAUUCCAGAGAUUCCAAGCAGUCCUCCUCUUCCAGCUCAGCCAAUGGUAGUUCGACCCAGUGGCGUGAAGGCUAAGAGCCUUUGCCGGGACCAGAAGGUACAGGUUUUGGACUUCAUUUGGAAAGAAGAUGCUCGCAAGGUCUCCAACGAGCUGAGCCAAAUUUGCGAAGAGGCAUUUAACGGAAGCUCAGUAACUACUAUGCGUACUGCCAGCACUGGAACUGGAUAUGAGACGCCAGCGACUCCAGUCUCUGUUGCCAGCCAGGAGCAGCAUUUCAACAUGAUCAGCAAGCCCACUCCUGACUCUUCCAAAGCAACUUCGAAGGAGUCCGGCCGGUCUUAUAGCAUUGAGGAACUAACUGAGACUCGUCGGAAACUUGUUGAACAUAGCCGGGGGCGCAGUGAUAACAUACCAACAUAUCUUUCCGGGGUCAUCGGUCAUCUUGACCGUUUGAUUGAGGAGGAUCAUGCACAGCGUCGCUCGCAGCGCAGAAUGGAGGAAAGCACUUCUACCCUUGUUGAUCCCUUUGUUACAAGCCCGGAUGACACAUCUUUACCUGUCAUAAGUGAGGAAUUCGCAAGUCCUGUACGCGGACCCAAUGAGUGGACUGCUAUGCCAAAACCAAAGGCACAUCCUCCUACCGUCAAGAACAGAAUCGGUGAUUCAAAGACGACCAUCCGAAUGGUGCCACAAAGCUCUCUCCGAUCAAUGGAAGAAGUCAAGCCUUUGAUGAUCCGCAAAAAGCCUCAAAUCAAUGGGUCAGAAGACAUUAAGAGCGAUUCGGCAGAGACAUCUCGCAACUUCUCUUCUUGUUCCCGACAAAGCCGCCACCCUGGUGGCCUCGACCCGAUUGAGGAAGUCCCGGUCUCUCCCAAGAAAGCCGAGAAAGUUAUGGAGAGCAAGAAGUGGUCAUGGUUCAAACACCGCUCCCAAGUCUGCGAAAGCCCCCCAUCGCUACCGCCCAAAGAUAGACAAACCAUCAUUCCCAGUAAUGGGACUGUGGUAGUUCAUACGUCAAUCGAUCCCGAGUCCCCUAUUAGAUCGUCCGACGAGGAGAAAUUACCCACCCGGAAGACAUCCAUGGAGCGUUUUGGUGGUGCCCUCAAGAAGCUCAUGCCGAAGAAGUCCAAUAAGAACGCUCCCCAGCCCGAGACAGGUAGGUUCAACUGUCUCUUCCAUCGCCACGUCACGCUGACCCCCAAGGAAGAUAAAGAAAAGACUAGACCCAAGGAGCCAUGUAAUUCUGCACUCCUGUGCAAGGGAUUGCCCGAGACAGAGAGCUCGUUUGAGUCAAACGACCCUCUAAAUGCUUCCAUUCCUCCACGCAGCAAGCGUCUCUCGAUUGCGAAUCAAAAUUGGUUCGCCCGCGUGUUUCAAAUCAAGCCUGCUUCUCGCGUCAUAGCUCUGAAUACUUCCAAGGUCAGGGGUCGCAAAGAAGUCUACAAGCUUCUGCGCGAUUGGAAGCAGUACGGAAUGGAGAACGUAUACAUGGACAAGAGUAACAGCAUUGUUCAUGGACAAGUGAGCGAUAACAACUUAUUCCGCCUCCGGGAAGUCGAGUUCACAGCAGAGUUUUACACUGUUCUUGAACAUGGUCGGAAAGCCAACCUAAGCCUGGUUCGAUUCAAGCAAGAGCGUGGUGCUGCAUCUUCUUUCAACAAGGUCGUUGAAAAUGUACACUUGAUGCUUCAGAACAAGGACUUAGUUGUCGAGGACCCUGUUCGAGCAAAGAAGAUGUCUCGUGUUCUUGAUACAAUUCCCAAAUCACCAUAA